AUGUCUGGAUCGAGCAACGGCCGCGAGAGCUAUAGCUGGGACGAAGGCGUGCUCGAUAGAGCGGUGAAGGACAUGCUUGUCGACAGGGCGGUGGAGACGGUGCGACACCUGUGGAAUGAGACCGGCGGGGACAUCUACGGUCAGUGGUUGGACCGUUUCACCGCCAGGCAGAACCUAGGCGAUGACGUCAUUUCGACCAUGGGCUGGGCGCGCUUUCUCAUCAAGAUGAUGAGAGAGGAACCGGUGGAAGCGGUUGUGAUCAGGACGGCGAAGAAGGACAGCCCCCAAGUUAUCGAGGCGCAACGCAAGAAUAACGCCCGCCCACCGACGCUGAGUCCGUGGCGACAUUCCGUGAAUCAGCUGUCUGCGGACUGGGACGCCGAGGAAGAGGAGGAGAUGAAGGUGGCCCUGGACUACCCCCCUCAGCUGAAGGCCGUUAAGAGGAGCGUUGUCGUGCAGCCGGCGGAGCUGGCGAAAAAGCUCAUGGACAUCCGGGAACAGCUAGCCCUGGAGUGGCGGGAAGACUUGAAGAACAUCGAGAUCGAGAACGACGAAAUCGUCCGCCUGGACAACGACAGACGGAGGAGAGCCAGGGAGGCGGGGCCCGGGUACGACGGGGUGGAGCAGGGCGGCGGCGGCGGCAGCCGCAGGAGGUUGACGUACGACCACGGGCAGGCCUUCGGAGGGGACAGCAGCCCCCUACGCUCCGACAACUACGAGACGCUGGUCGGCUACUUGACGGAGAUCGCGGCCCUCGUCGUGCAAGAACGCAUGCGGGUGGACGGGGACGACAUGGGGUGGAACUGGAUGGAGCAGUUCCUCUAUUGGGCGAAGGCCAACUCCAAGUACGGUUCCGCCGCACCCGGGGACGAGAGCCUAGGAUCCCCUCCCCCCUUCCCUUCGGACAACGGCGGCGACGGUGGCAUUGGAGAAGAACGGGGGGCGAGGGGAAAGCGGGUCAAGGCGUCGUUUGGGGCCGCGGGGGUGGGCAUGGGGGGAACGGAUGAGGACCGCAAGACCAGGGGCAACCGGAUGCUGGAAGAAAUGCUGAUGGGACAGAAGGUGCAGACGUUUGAUUUCAAGAAGAACGAUCUCGUUGGAGUGGAUCCAGCAGAGAUCGGCCAGUCGGUCAUGGACACAAGAAUCGAGGUGGCCAGGCGCAUCUCCGCCGCCCUGGAGACCGUUCCGGCGGACCACGGCCUGGUCCUCAGGAGGUACCUCGAGGACAAGUGGGAGGCAGACCGCGCGGCGGGCCUGGUGAACGUGGAAGACGACGAUGCCGACGAGCCUGAGGGAGGAGGAGAAGAAGGAGAGUGA